AUGGUGGAGGCGAGUGGGUUCACCCUAGCACAGGAAAAGGCUCUGGCAAUCUGCCCCAAGAUAUCCAGUUCCAUUAGCAUCCCGUGUUCGCUGUCUAUUAUCUAUGAGGUCCUCUAUCUCAAAAGAACAAGAGGAACCACGCCAGUGCAAAGAGCUUUGAUGGCCAUGAGCUGUGUGGAUAUUCUCGCAUCAUUUGGUUGGUUUCUGUCCACAUGGGCUGUGCCAGAGGGGUCCUUUGUGUACUCGAAAGGCAAUAAAGCAUCCUGCAACUUCCAAGGGUUCCUGCUUCAACUCGCCAUUGGGGCACCACUCUACAACUCCUCCCUGGCAAUAUUCUACUUGCUCAUGAUCAAGAGGAGGUGGACAGAUGACCAACUCAAGAGCAUUGAGAGAGCUGUGCAUGGGGCAAUACUGUCCUUUACGGUUGGCACGUCUAUAUUGCUUCUGUGUUUGGGACAGUACAAUCAUGUGGGUGCAGUAUGCUGGGUCAUCGGUGAUCCACCAGACUGUGGAAAUAGCAGUUUUCAAGGCAGUGAUAUUCCUUGUGAUCGCGGGGACUAUGCCUAUGCAUGGGGCCUUGCUCUGUUCUAUGGGCCUCUUUGGUUCUGUGUGAUAUGCUGCUGCAGUUCCAUGGCUGUUUUGUGGCUAGAAGUCAGAAAGACACACCGCAAAUCCAGAAGGUAUUCUUCUGCCAUUAUGGGAAUGCAACAUUCAACCAACCGAAGUGGACAAGACGAGAAAAAAGUGGCAGUUCAAGCAAUACUUUACUCUCUGACAUUCGUGAUCACCUGGAUGCCAUCUACUCUCUGGUCCGUUGCCCAUUGGUUCAAUUGGAAACAUUAUAUUCUGGAUAUAUCUGCUGCAACCGCAGAGCCGCUCCAAGGAUUGUGGAAUUUUCUCAUUUUCCUAAAGAGCCGACCUGAAACCGUGGAUCGAAUCAGGACUCUCCUGUCGAAAAUAUUCCCAUGUUGUUGUACCGAACCACCUACGAGAAAAAAUAACACGAGACCCCCAAGCGACUUGAGCUACAGUUUUGCCACUGGCCUCAAGAAGCGCUUCAGUGUAUUGAACAAUCUAUCCGACUUGGAUGGGGGCGGCGUUGGCGGAAGUCCUGAGAGUGAAGCGGCAGAUUUUCAAGGGGGGUUCACCGCCAGCCUGUUUGGGAGCAGCAAGAAGAGCGGGGAAAGAUCUGCCGACGUUUUCCCGGCGGAAGUAAUGGCCGAUCUUGACAUGUCUGCCAGUACUCUCGGGGGUUCCAUAGGUGUUGCAAGUUUCCUCAACGAUGACGACGACGACCAGGAGAAGGAGGUCAAACCGCCCGUGCCCAGCCAGAUUCUAGGAGCGAACGAUAGCGCGACCAGCUUUGCAAGUGAAAACUUGUUUCUUCCUCCAACUCAGGUACGCGAUGAAGACGGCGACAGCAGUAGCAGCGAUUCUACUGGAAGCGAUACCGAAGACAGCGAAUCGUCGUCAUCUGGAAGCGAGAGUACCAGCUGCAAUGGAAGUGGACUUUACGUCGAGGGCGACAAAAGUGACGACGGGAUGCAGAUCGGCAAAUCAACAGAUGUUUUCGAUGACGAAGGUGGCAGUAGUAGUAUUAGCUGCUGUAGCAAAAGCGGUGAAGGGUUGAAUACCCGCGCGGCAGAAACCGAAACUUCCAGCGCAAUAGAGAGCCAUCGGGAAAUACAAGAUUUGGUGACGAAUCAUUGUCCCGAGCAGCUUGGCAACUUGGGUGCCAUGCUGAAGCAAUUCAAGGGGAGGGAAGACCAACUGAUUGAAAGGUUGAAGAACAUGCAGGACGAGAGUUCGGCAGUAGACACAGAGUGCGAGUCGUUGUCAGAGAGGGGCGUUCCCUACCGUGUGAGGGUUUUACCAAAACAAUCAUCAGCAGGCUCCCAGGUACAAAUGUUCGCUAACGACUUGAACGAAACGGAGAAGGACUAUUUCUAUUUCACUUGA